AUGCUUAUUGAUGAGCAAGUGGCAAUGUUUUUACAUAUCAUUUCUCAUCAUCUUAAAAAUCGAGUUAUCAAGCAUCACUUUAAUAGGUCUGGGGAAACCGUUAGCAGAUCAUUUCACAAUGUUUUAAAUGCUGUCAUACGCUUACAAGAUGUGCUAUUUAAAAAGCCAGAGCCAAUUACAGCUAAUUCUACAGACCCAAGGUGGAAAUGGUUCAAGAAUUGUUUAGGUGCUUUAGAUGGAACCCACAUCAAGAUUAGGGUUCCAACAGUUGAUAAACCUAGAUAUCGAACGCGAAAAGGUGACAUAGCAACAAAUAUGUUAGGUGUUUGUACACCUGAUAUGCAUUUUGUUUAUGCUCUUCCUGGUUGGGAAGGUUCUGUUGCAGAUGGAAGGGUUCUUCGAGAUGCCAUUAGUAGGAGACAUGGAUUAAAAGUUCCUCAUGGUUGUUAUUAUCUAGUUGAUGCUGGAUACACAAAUUGUGAGGGAUUUCUUGCACCUUUUAGAGGACAAAGAUAUCAUUUGAAUGAGUGGCGUCAGGGUUACCAGCCAAGUUCUCCGGAAGAAUUUUUCAAUAUGAAACAUGCUUCAGCGCGUAAUGUUAUUGAAAGAUGCUUUGGGUUAUUAAAACUUAGAUGGGGAAUACUUAGGAGUCCAUCGUUUUAUCCUGUGAGGGUGCACAAUAGAAUCAUUAUUGCCUGUUGUUUGCUCCAUAAUUUUAUUCGAACCUAUAUGAGUCUUGAUCCUAUUGAAGCAGAGUUAGGAGAAGGAUUACCUAGUAAUUUGAUAGAUGACGAUGAUUCGAAUAUCGUUAAUAUUCAUCCAUCAGAUGCAUGGGCUACUUGGAGGAUGGAACUAGCCAACCAAAUGUUCGAUGAAUGGCAAGCAUCUACAAAUUAG